UCUCCCUUCCCAAAUAGUUAGCAAGUAUACACUUUCAGAGAUCUAAAUUUAGAUUCAGAUUAGUAUUACCAGAUGGGUUUCGCUAGUGCUUUAGGAUGGGACAACGGUAUCGUGUUGGCCCCAAUGGGAGCUGAUAUUUCCGGUCCAAAACUUGUUGCAGCUGUGGCCAAUGCUGGAGGCGUUGGUUUAUUGGCUAGCCCUGUUAAUAUGUAUGAUGCGACAUUGAAGGCUAUAAGGGAUACUAAGAAACUCACUAAUAAGCCAUUCGGAGCUGGUAUCUUGUUGGAAUUUGAUCAAACUCAUACUGUCAGGGCAAUUUUCGAAGAGAAACUCGCAUGCAUGCAAGUUUUCUGGGGGGACUAUCCCAAAGAGAUGGUGGAUGAAGCACAUAAAAAUGGAGUCCAGAUCUUGCACCAGGUUGGUUCAAUUGCGGAUGCAGAAAAAGCAAUUGCUGCAGGUGUUGAUUGUAUCAUCGCACAGGGGGUAGAAGCCGGAGGACAUGUCAUCGGCAAUGUCAGUUGGCAUGCUUUGGUUCCAAGAAUCGUCGAUUUAAUCGGUGACAAGAAUAUAACAGUUGUUGCUGCUGGAGCUAUUGCAGACCCCCGUGGUUUUGUGGGUGCCAUAUCACUUGGAGCUAAAGGAAUUUGCAUGGGAACAAGAUUCAUAGCUACCAAAGAGUCGUAUGCACAUGAUUACUACAAGGAACAACUGCUCAAGUAUACUGGAGAUGAUACCGAUUACACAGACCUAUACAGUCGUGAAAGCUGGAGAGCACCAACUCGUGUUCUUAACACCCCUUUCCACCAGAAAUGGAAACCAGCGCCGGAGGAUGUUGAGAAUAAUGCAGAGCAACCUAUUAUUGGAUACUCGAUCAUUUAUGGAGGGGAAACAGUUUUACGUCGUUUUGCAGGACAAGUAGCAAACAAAACAACAGCCGGGGAAGUUGAAAAUAUGGUCAUGUAUGCAGGACAGGGUGUCGGACAUGUGAACGAUAUUCUUCCUGCGGGUGACAUUGUUAAGAAUUUCAUUGAGGGUGCUGAAAUGAUCAUCAAGGAACUUGGAAACAAGUAUGCAACAAUAGAUGAUGGAGUUGCUGCCAUUUCACUUGCAUAACUGAAUUUUGAUUGGAAUUAAUAAGCUUAACUUUUUUAGUCUCUUCUGAGAUUCUUAAAAGUUAAAUUGAGAGAUGUGUGUGUAAUGUUGGUCAAAAUGGUUCAAGCCUUCUAUUGUUGUUCGAGACUCUAUUCCUUUAAGUAUGGUGUUGGAGUACUCUACAGAUCGGGUAUUGUUUUAAUUAGGUUUGUUGGGUCAACUGUACUAGUUCAUCCUUGUUUUCUUGUUUCGUGUCGUUUAAUUUGUUUCGUAAAUUCACAUUCCAAUGUUAUUA